AUGAUUUUUGGUAUUUUACCAUGUAUUUUUCAAUUUACAAUGUUUUUAGGUUUAAAAUUACGUAAUCAUAAUGCUCUCUUUAUAUAUUCAACGAAACUUUUAACAAUUGUACAUUUUUGCACAUUUAUUUAUUUUUUAUAUGUAACUCAAACAUUAACAAAUAAUAUUCGAUACGAUCUUGAAAAAGAUAUUUUUACUAAUCAUACUAAAUUGAAAUAUAAUAUGCAAAUAAAAAUUUACAAAUGUUGUCAGUUAGAUAGAUCAUCAUUAGAUAAAACUUUUUCAUAUUUUCAACAACAUUAUCCUAAUCAUUGUCAGAAAAAAAAUCAGGAUAAUAAUAAAGCAUGUUGGCCAUUAUUUCAAUUAAUGUCACUUCUAACGAAAAUAAUCUAUUGGUUAACAUGGUUUUUCCUAAGUAUUCUACUUAUUAUUGCUUGGAUUUAUUAUCACCGACUAGGAAAAUUGAGUGAGCAAUCACAUAUACCAUCAAGAAAAACUUUACAACAAUUAUAUAGUGAAAUUCUUUUGAAAAAUCGUCCAUUUAAAAUGUUUUUGAGACAAAAUAACAACAUGCAAAUAAAUACAAUAACAAAUGAGAAUAUUGUGAAAGCAUCGACAUGA